GUUGCAGCCAGCCAUGAAACCUAAAAGAAGAAGAAAAGGAAGCACGAGAAUAGCGCACUAAUGGCUAACGUUACCAGGCCAGCAUCAGUAGUUUCGACAGACAGUUAAAGCUGUUGUGUUUAGAUGAGAAACAUCAGACCAAAGAAACGGAACUGAGAGGAAUCAUGUUUGAAAACUUCAGAGAAAGACUUCACAUGGUCCAGCAGGAUUUCACAACGGGUUUCAAGACCCUUGGAGACAAAUCAAGAGACACCAAAAUCAGGAGGAGACCCAGGUUUGAAGGAAGUUUUCCUCAUUUCACUGCUGGACUCGACAUCCUCAGCAGGUAUGAGGAGAGUUGGUUUCUGCUCCAUAAAAGAACUAAGGACAGUGCUCAGGCUGCAGAGGCAGUAGAUGGGGAUAUAGUGAUGCUCUCAGCAAACUGGGAGAGAAGAAGAACCGCUUUGACCCAACUAGAGGAACAACUGCAAAGCUUGCCGGCCUUUAUCAGUGAACUAGAUGCCAUCACUGCUAACAUAGCUUAUUUGGAAGGUGAAUUUGAAGAGAUGGAGAGCAGACUGGUAUACCUGGAGACUCUGUGUUGUCAGUGUGAACAGCAGACAUUUAAACAACAUCAAAUCAAACAACUAGAAGUCUACAAGAACAAGAAGAGGAAGGAAGUGGAGAUGCUAGAAGCUGAACUGAAUUCCGAACAUACUCAGAAGGUGGCAGAGCUGGAGCAGGCCAUGCAGCAGAAACUGAGAGAACGACAGAAAGUCUAUGAAGAAGCUUUUAACCAAGACAUGGAGCAAUACCUGUCCACUGGAUACCUACAGCACAGAGAGCCAACAGGAGCUGAUGUGCGUGCCCUGGACCAGAUGAUAGUAACUAACCUAUCAGACCAGCAGGCACUGGAUGACUUUCUCAACUCCACUGGUGAUGACAUCAGCACUGGAUCAUCACUGACCUCAGGUCCUGACCUUGAAUCCUGCUCUUCUGAAUCUUUGAGAAGUCAAAUGAACCUAACCCCUCCCACAAACAACGAACUGUCCACUGGGGAUGCAGUAUGGGAGCAAGAAGAGGAAGUGGCCAGUGAGGAGUGUGAUGAGCCUCUGGUGCAGUCAGAUGAAGAGGACAUUCAGCCAGAUAUGUCAUUGGUUGGCCUACAGGAUGUUGGCACAGUUAGGGGCUCUGAUGACAGUGACCAUGCAGGGGACCUUCCCUCUGGGUAACCUAGCAACCAGGCCCUUGAAACUCUUUGAAUACUAAGUAAACACUAACUACUUUUGGCCCUCUGGUGCCGUCUGCUUUGACUUGACACAGCUCCCAUCUCUAGCCAACAUGAGCCAACAGUGCUCAGGUCAAAAACUGCUUUUUUCAGGUUUGAUAGGAAAACAUGUUUUAAACACAAAUGCUGAGUUUCCAUAUGGUAGCUGUCAGUCAGUAAUGCUACCUAACUGAGACAUUGUCCAUUCACUUUUAAUUGAUAAAACCUUCUCCAUGUAUAGAGACCAAUCUAAGCUAAAUACAGUAAGCACGAUUUUCUUCAAGGUAUAGAUUUAUUGUAUCUUGUAUUUCCCUUUUUGCUAAGUGAUGUACAAAAAACAGCUAGUACAGCUAUAAUACUGUCUUGAAAACAGCUCCAGUGACUGAGCCUAUACUGUAGAUGAACAGCUGGUGCCUCUGUCCACCAUUUUUUAGUACGGUAGUCUUGAUGUACUGCUUUUGUCUUGUGGCCUUGAUGACCCUGAUAAACAUGUUGGUCUCACAAUAAAGUUUCUGUAUAUUACAA